UUGUCAAUGUCAUUCUAAAUCAGCUGUCAUUGCUGUCAAGUUCUGGCCGCACUUUAUUGCGAGGAUGACUUCAUAAGAAGGGAAUAGUGAAUUUAAAAUGCAUAAAAAGUCUUUUUCCACCUAAAAAUAAUAUGCGAAAAUGGCAGACCGCCUCCGUAUAAUCGCGCAGCGACUAAAGGACAAAAUAAACUUAGCGCAAUUGAAUGUAACGAAUCGCGAAAAGGUCGAUCAACUUAUUACCAAAUACGUACCGGCUACGAAAGUUUCGGAAGUAGCGGAGAGAUUUAAAUACGAUAAUUUAACUAAAAAAGUACAAGAUUUAGUCACCAAAUAUGAAAAAUUCACGGGAGUCGAAGAAAUUAUGGCGAUACAAAACACGGUGAUCGACGCGCAGGACAAAUUCAUUGCUGCCCAAGAUCGCCGUCGUGAUGUUGGUCGUCAGUUAGCCAACAUAGAAUCUAGACUGAAAGAAUUACAUGCUGAAAUGCAAAAUACUAUGAAGGGGGAUGAGAAAUACUUGCAGCUCUGCACUGAAGAGCACAAGCUUAUAAUACAAGAACGUGCCCUGCGGACCCUCUUCGCCGAUGCCGAGAAGGAAGAACGCGAGUUGUUCGCCACGAUGUCGGCCGCCGUGAAGCUGGGCCACGAGAGGGAGAGGGCGCACGCGGAACGCAACAAGUAUUGGUACAUCGUUGCCUCGAUUUUUGGCACGGUGCUCGGUAUAGCCGGUUCGACGAUAAACAAUCACCUGAAGAUGGCCGAGUUCAGGGACAUGAUGGAGCAGCAGAUGGCCAGGAGCGCGAGCGUCCUGUACACCAUCGCGGGGGGCGGGACCGCCAGCCGGGCCGACAUCACGGAGGCGAUGAAGACCGAGUUCGCUUACCAGGAACAAUUAGCCCAAAAUUUGAAGUUGAUGCAGGAGAAUAUAAAUCAUCUUGUCAACAAGCAAAGUUCCCUUAUCGAACACAUGCACAAUCAGGAGCAUUUAGUCGAAACUCAAAUGAAGGAUCUCAAACGAUUGAUAAUCACCGCCUCGCAGUCGAGCGCCAAGUCGGACGCGGAAAUAGCGAAGGCCCUCUCAGUCGUGCACCAAGAUCUCGACGAGGCUGACAAGGACCGCGACCUGGAACCGGCCAAGGUGUCGCUGGAGCCAAAUCAAAUCCUAACCGGCAUCGGCAUAAUAGUGUGCUUCGCGAUAAUAUUCGGCAACAUUCUGGGCAGAGUCAGUUGAGAUGUCAAUAUUCAGCCCGGACUCGGGAAGUUUGAUUUUGGAAUCCGGUCACAUUUUUUAUUUAUUUAUUUCGAUAAACGGUUUUGCCUUUUUAAGUCUUUUAUACUUUAGUUGUAAAACAUAUUAGCAUAAUAUCGAGGAAUUAUAGAGUUGUUUAAUCAGGAUUUUAGGUAAAUUUGUAUUUUUCUUUCUGCUUUGAAGUGUCAUGUUUCAAUAAGAUUUAAAAAAUGUUGCCAGCCAUAGAUUUUUUGUUGCAUUGUUGGGAGAACCGACCUGUUAUUAAACGAUUAGCGCAGCCUAUAGACAUCUUGCAUACUGCCACCCACCUUGAAACAUGAGGUCUAAGUGUCAAAUGUAUAGUGUAACAGCUUUCCCACCCUUCAAUCCCGGACGUAACACUACUUUAUGGCAGAAAUAGGCAGGGUGGUGCGAAUUGACUAAAUUGCGAAAAAAAGUAAAAUUAAUAUAUUUUAUUUUAAUAACAAACUUUAUUUGUAAUCAUAAUCAGUUUCUUCUUUUGAUCUGCGUAACUGUCGAAUUUGUUUGUAAUGACGUUUAAUCUAGUGUUGCCAUCUUCGAAGUCGUUUUCCGUGAUUUACGGUAAAAAAGGGUAAGGAUUCCUUGGAUACAAAAUAGAAGGUAGAAUUAAGGAGCACAGUCUCUGUAUAUAAAAACUUUUCCGUCGAACGGUAACCAAUUAAGAUGGCGCCACCGUACCAAGAGGUGUCAUUUAAAAAAUAACGUCAAAUGUUAAAAUCAUUAAAUCGUUCAACUGCACACAUCGCUCCGCGUACAACUGUUACGUUUUAUUUUUAUUUUUUAUUGCCCUUGUAGGCAGACGAGCAAACGGCCCACCUGAUGGUGAGUGGUUACCGUCGCCCAUAGACUUCAGCAAUGCCAGGGGCAGAGCCAAGCCGCUGCCUACCGUUGAAUUACCGUUUAUAUAUACACACCACUUGCUACGCUCGCAGUCCACUGGUCGUCUUCCGAAUGGUAAUUCGCUGCCCACAGCUGGACACUAUUAAACUUGCCCGACUUUUUGGCGGGAACGCGAGGAGUGAAGUUGUGUGAUUUGUUUUAUUUUGUCUAUUUAGUGUUUCUUCAGGUUUCAAUUUGUAACAACGGUGGUUUAUUGACUGUUUAGUAUCUGUGAAAGUGCACCAAUGUGGGAAAAUAAAACAAAGCCACUGGAUGUGGCUAAAACUUCUCCGUAUCUCCCAAAAAGUCCACUGAAAAAAAAAGUCUCAGUAAAUGACCACCAUAUUACUGAGAUUAUAUUUCAUCCAAUAUCAUCUCAUUUCAUUUCAUAAAAUAAGACUUGACUUAAGGGUCUUAGUUACCAGGUCGUAAAAUCCUUUUAAAAAAACUUUUCCCCAUAUGAGACAGUACUCUUUACGUCUACCCUUAAUAGGUUAGAAUUCUGGCUUCUAUGGUCGGUUCAUAUAUGUAUAUUAUUAAUUUGAAGUUCUUAAAAAGUUGCAUCAAUGAUUCAAAUUGUAUAUGAACGGGUCCCAAGGACCCAAGCUGUUUCCCGGUCUGUGUUUAGAAAAUAAACUUAAAGAUGUAAUGUAUAAAGUCUGAUUUAUAGAUGGCUAUUAAUUUUGAUUUUUAUAACACUUGUUUACUUAUGAAUGUAUGUCUUGUGUUUUUUUUUUGUAAAACAAUAAAAUGUACGUGUAAUGUUUUUUUAUGAAAACGGUGUUGAAGCGAAAUAUAAUAUUGAUUGUUGCA